AUGGCGAGACCGCUGGACAUCGUCUUCUUGUUCUACUUCGCCAGUCACAUCCCAAUCACCAUUUUUGUUGAUUCACAAGCUCUACUUCCUUCGUGGCUCUAUCCUCACCAGUUACGUGAUCUCAUGACAUGGUACUGUGCAGAGUUCAAGGACCCUAUGAUGGCUGCCCCGCCCACUUGGUUCAAGACUUUUGUUAUGUCAGAACUCACCCUACAAUUUCCGUUUUUCUUUGUGGCUUCCUAUGCCUUCUGGAAGGGUGUCCAGCAGUGUCGAUGGAUUCGCAUACCUCUCAUUGUCUACUCGUCACAUGUUGCCACGACGACAGUUGCGAUAUGUUAUCAUGUGCUUAUGCAUGAUUUUAGUGGUGUGAAACCUCCAGGUCCAGAGACGUUUUCUGAACGGCGAACUUUAUUUUUUGUGUACUUUCCAUACCUCCUUGUGCCAAUUAUGCUGUUGAUGGAUUCUCUCUUUAGUUCAGUUUAUCGAACCAAAGUCAAAUCCAGUUAAUUAUUUGUAGAAGAUAUUUUCAUUAAAUCAUAUAUAUUUUUCAUUAUAA